AUGGCGUUUCCUUUCUCUGCCGUGUGUUUUCGUGUCGCCUGUGUGGCUGCUGCAGUCACGCAGAGACGACGACCCGAGGUAGAUGAUGCAUUUGAAGAGCUGACGGAGGAAGAGUUCCGGCAGUAUUUUCGUCUGUCCAAACGAACAGUGCGUACCUUGUGCGACGAGCUUGACCCCAUCAUUGGAUGCCAGCGAGCCAGCCAGGUGUUUUGCGCGCUGCGAUUCUUCGGCACCGGAAUCUUCCAGAGGAGCGUUGGUCGCGAGGAGCAAAUAGGCAGUGCGCAGUCGGCCGUGAGCAACACCAUCCAGGAGGCCAUAAUUUCCGUGUCUUCCCGGAGAAAGUUGGUGGACUUUUCAUUGACACCGGCUGCCAAGGAUGAGGCAAAGGCGGCGUUUGCGCGACGCGGUGCCAUUCCAGGCGUGCUAGCGUGCGUCGACGGCACGUUCAUCGCCAUUAUGAAGCCAGAGGGACUCAGCCCGGCCGACACGGCGAGCUUCAUGUCGAGGAAGGGUUAUUACGCCCUAAACGUGAUGGUCGUAAGUACCGUUGGAAUGUUUUACUUCAAACUGUAG